CGCUACCCUGCAGCUAGACUGCUUUGCCUAAAGUGAAUACCUCAAGCUGCCUUUCACCAAUUGCUGCUUAUGUGACAAGAAUAUCCUGAACUGAAGCUUUGGUUUGUAAAGCAAUAUAUAAUGCUCUACAUAUAGAAUAUAGGUAGAUAUUAACUUUACCUAAGGAGACUAGAGCUGAAACAAUAUUAAUACCUCAGCAGUACACAUACAUUUUACAGUUUGCUUAUUUCACAUGGAAGGCAAAACAGUACUAAUAGUGUAUGCACAUCAGGACCCCCGAUCUAUGAACGGAUCUUUAAAAGAUGCUGCAGUUGAUGUAUUCCAUAAGAGAGGAUACCGUGUUAUUGUAUCAGACCUAUACGCAAUGGAGUUUAAUGCAGUUGCAACCAAAAAUGACGUUCUAGGAGACCUCUGCAAUCCCGAGCACUUCAAUUAUGCAACUGAGACAACGGAAGCAUUCAAGUCUGGGUUAUUGUGUGAGGAAAUCACAAAGGAACAGAAAAAAAUCCAGGAUGCUGAUUUAAUAAUAUUCCAGUUCCCAUUGUACUGGUUCAGCUUUCCUGCUAUCAUGAAGGGUUGGAUAGAUCGGGUCUUCAUAAAAGGCUUUGCCUUUAAUGUCCCUUCACAUCGCUGUGAUGGCCUAUUGCAGGGUAAGAAAGCAUUACUAUCAUUCACUACCGGUGGGACUAAAGAAAUGUAUUCUAAAGAGGGAGCAAAGGGAGACAUACAGUUGGUGAUUUGGCCAAUACAUCACGGCAUACUGCAUUUCUGUGGUAUUAAAGUUCUGGUACCACAUAUCGCAUAUGCACCAGAGUUGGUCACUGAAGAAAAAAGGAAAGAAAUUAUCACUUUAUGGGCUCAGAGACUGGAAAACAUUUGGGAUGAAAAGCCUAUUGACUGCACCUCAUCUUGCUUGUUCAAAUAGAUUUAACAAUAAAUCAAGUGGGUAAAGAUCCGUAAGGAAUAAAUCAAUAUAGCAGCAGUUUCUUUCAUGGCUGAAAUAAUAGGAAAUGCAAUGAAAAUGAACUACAAUUUGAUGUUAGUGAAUGCUAUGCAAACGUACACUGUAUAGAUCAUAUUCAAGUUAUAAAUGUACCUGUCAGUUAUAGAGAAUUUAAUAUACUUUAUUGGUUAUUGGCCAUUUAUUUAACUGGAAUGUGAUGCUUAAGCAUAAGCACUGAUUAAUAUGAUUUCUGAUGUUCUGUUACUUCAAAAAAUUGUUAGAUGAUUCUCCAGACAUUAUUAAAUUUUGUAUUGCUUUUUG